AUGGCUCCCCAAGAUCAAACUGUUGAAGUUAACAUCGAUGAGUUGCGAAACUCGAAGGACGCGGUCCUUAUGCGACUGAUGUCCCUUCAGUCCUACAUUGCCGACCUGAGCAAGGCCUACGUCGAGCAUGUUAACAGCGUCAUCAACGGUGGCCCUGCUACUAUUGACAUCCCAGCUCUCCCCGCUGGUCUCUCAGUUGCUCACUUUGAACGCGCCGCUAGCCCCGCCAAGUCUGAGGCUGGUGCCCCUAAGAAGCGCAAGCGCGCUCCUGUUGACCCCAAUGCGCCCAAGCGUCCUUUGACUCCUUACUUUUUGUACAUGGCAAACAACCGUGCCAUCAUUGCCGGAGAGCUGCCUGGUGGCGCCAAGCCCAAGGACGUUUCUGACGAGGGCACCCGCCGCUGGACUGAGAUGCCUGCCGGCCAGAAGGAGGUUUGGAAGCUUCUGUACGCCGAUAACUACGAGAAGUACAAGCGUGAUGUUGAGGCGUACAAGUCCGGCCGCAAGGUCACUGGCGAUGAUGAGGAUGCCGCCGCUACCCAACUCCAGCAAGAUUUCGCUGAGGCCGAGGAGAAGUCCGACGAGUCCGAGGCUGAAGAGGAGGCUGAGGCUGAGGAAGAGUCUGCUGAGGAGUCCUCCUCUCCUUCUCCUCCCCCUAAGGAGAAGACUCCCCGUGCUAAGCGUCGCCGUUCCGAUUCCAAGGUUGUUCCAGACUCGGCUGCCAAGCAGAGCUCCCCCGUGAAGAAGUCCGUCCGAGGCCGAAAGGCUCCGGAGCCAGUUAAGGAGACACCUGUCUCCGAGAAGAAGGGAAAGAACAAGAAGCGCAAGAGUGAAGUUUAA